UCCCCGCGCCCGGGGGAAGCGGCGGUGAGGCGGGCCCGCGCGGCAGCCCCGCACAUCCCUUCGCCUGCGGCCGCCGUUCGCUGCCCACCCGAACGCCCGGUCACGUCCGCGCUUGGGUUCUCGAACCGCCGUUGUUCCGAGCUCCGGGCGUGUGCCGCAGCCGGCGCUGUGCGGGGCCCCGGGCCCGCGGACAGCCACGAAGCCACGCGGAGGGUGGCGCGCAGGGGGCUCGUUCAGCCCGUGUCCCAGGCAGGACGGCAGCGGGCUGCGGGACGGGCGCCGCGGGAGCUGCCGAUCACCGCUGAACCAAAACCUGCAGCAAAGCCCGGCUGGGAGCGGAGCACGCAGGGCUCCGCGAUCCCUCCUCAGCAGCGUUGCUGUCGGCGUGUUGGUGCUGGUAACGCUUCACUCGCUUCAUUAGCGAGAGGCUCCCUGAGUGUAGGUUUGCAUAACGUUUGCAGGAAAAGGAUCCGCUCUCAGCCCCAGCCGUGCGUUGCAUGUCGCUUCUGGCCCGUUCAGCACCACACGGGUGUGAUGAACGAUUUCUGCCCGUUAGAUGUUGAUCAGGCUGGAGGAAUAGCUUCACCGUUAAACCACUGAAUCAUUAACGGCCGGACGAGGUCUUUGGGAUCGUGGAGCCCAACCCCUGCCCUCACACUGCCAGGCCCAUCGCUAACCCACGGCCCUCAGCACCUCACCUGUGUGUCUUUUGAAUAUCACCAGGGAUGGGGACUCCACCGCCUCCCUGGGCAGCCCAUUCCAGUGCUUAAUAAGGUGAAAAAGGUCUUCCCAGUGCCUAUUCUAACCCUUCCUUGGCACAGCCAUGUGCAAAUGUAGCUCUUGUAUAAACAACCAGGCAAAAAACAACCCUGAGUCAUGAAAAUUCAUGUUCACGGGAAGCAGGCUGCAGUAUGGGAGAGGAAAAGCUGUUUUGCAGGUGAAAUGAUGGAAGCAAGAACUGACUCUGCCACCCGCGAGAGCGAUUCAGCUGGCAGUUCCCAGCGGGUUUCAACUGCACAUAGCUUCUCACUUAUUAAAAGAACCCCCACCAUCUGAAUGGUAUUUCCCUGUACAUGUUUAGGAUUUAAUCUGUGGGAUGUUGGGUCAUCAUUUUGUUUGUGGGAUGUCAAAAACACAAGCAAAGCUGGCCUAGGGGGGGAAACAAACAAACAGCCAAACCCAAGCGGUUUCUUUCCUGUCUGUGUGCACAUACCUAGAUUGCAGAUGGCAAAUUAAACAUGAAGACCACUCCGUGCCCUCUAGGGCUGGAUUCUGCUGUCCUUGUCCAGAAAUUGCACCUCCUGGUAUGCACCAGCUAGGUCCCGGUUACUCUUUCAAAGGAAGCUCUCCUUACAAGCUGGUCUGCAUUAGGGAUCUUGGACAGAAACCUUGUUGUGAGGAUUCAGGAAAGAGCAAUUCAAGUCUUUGAGGCAGAGGUGACAAGUGGCAGCUGUGCUUGAUGGCUGUGACCAUGGGAAGAAACCAAAUUGCACCUUUUCAUAAUGUGAAGGUCCUUCCCCUUAUCUCCCUCGUAUUUUCCCCCCAACUUACAGCUUUUCUGUUGCUUUCAAGACUUAGUUGCUACACAGGAGUGAAGUGGUUUCUAUGCUGCUACAACACAGUGUGUGAGAGGUUGCUUUUCAAACAGGAACUCCUUAGAAGAUUCUUUAAGACUUGUUAUUGGGGAGCCUGAUGUUGUUCACAUAGGGUGGAAGAGAAGGGAGGUAAAAAUGGUCCCGUGCCUCCUUCCUACUCUCUGCAUUUGUACUAACCGUGAGGGAGUGCAGACACCGUAGUAAGAGCUCUCAUUUACAGCAGUUCCAGCAAUACUUGUUGGCUCUGAUCUGCUGUUUAAGUAGUGCAUGGCCCUUUGGCACUCUGCUUGUCCUCUCUGGAACCUUGAGUGCCUCUUAAAAUAGAGCCUGUGAAGAGAGCAGCCUGCCCGUCAGACCCCGCUGGAGCAGUGCAUUAAGAGAACACCGUGGAAAACAUCCUCCCAGAGAAAUACUGACACAAGGCUUUUAUGUCCUGUGAUCAAACCCCACUGCCUUGGCUGCCCAGAGGUCUCCCUGCUCUGGCUGGAGUGUCAGCCCAGUUACCAGCGUGUUCCAGACGAAGGCACCGGCGGUAAACGCGUGCCAGGACAGUGACGGGAUACUCGCCUUGCCCGUGUCCCUUUGGGCCUCUCCAUCUAUUCAGUACCGCUUUCAGAGAGGGAAUUUCCUGAGUGUGGUCCCCCAGUGACCCCAGAGCGGCUGAUUCAGAUGUAAACUGUGUUACAGAUGUUCUAUCUCCACGUCAAAAUGGAGUUUUAACAAUUCCUUUGUAACUAGGAGGGGCUCUUCUUCCUUCCCCAAGAAACUUGCUUUUUGUCAGCUUUUACAGCGAAGCUUUUCUGUUCUCGCAGGUCCCAGAGGGAACUGCAAUUGUUGAGCUUCUAAUAGUGUUCUGUUGGCAAGAGAUGGAACUAUCUUGCCAGCAAUUACAAGGUUUAUACUGGGACCAAAUUGAACAGAGGAGCCAUGCAAAUGUGUUAUUGGGAAGCUCAUCAGUCAGUAAAGGAAACGCUGCACAAAUUCUUGCAGGCUGGGAUUGUUAUUGGUGAAAGCAAGGAGGAAGCUGCAAAUUUUGUUAUGGAUACCAAACACUAGUUCAAGACAACUUCAGAGUAGUCCCAAAGGACUCAUUCCUUUUAAAAAGAAUUCCAGAAAGUCCCCAGCACUGUUUUAAAUGAGAGUAAAGAUAAAUAAAUGUAUACUGAGCCUGUGGGAAGCAGAGUGUUUCGUCUUUAAGAGGGAUGAUCUUGCUGAUAAAAUAUGCAUCUGUGUAGUUGUAGAGACACAAGUGGUUUGUGCUGUUAAGAGUUGGUUUGAUUGUGGGAGUUUUGCUUGACUGAGAGAGAGGAAAGCCAGGCAGUUCCGAAGAAGGGCUCACAGAAUCUCAGGGGCUGGAAAGGACCUCGAAAGCUCAUCCAGUGCAACCCCCCUGCCAGAGCAGGACCACCUAGAGUAGGUCACACAGGAGCUCAUACAGCUGGCUUUGGAAUGUCUCCAGAGAAGGAGACAGAAGGGCUGCAAAAGUGUUUUUCCUUGAAUGUGCAGAUACUGAAGGUGUGGGCAUCUUCUCAGUGAAAAGAGUAACGACACUCGAGCAGCAGCAGUGAGAGAUGCUGACAAUAAGAGCCUUACAAAAACUGUUCACAUGGUAGUAAGAGACUUGCAGCCUCUUCCUCUUACCAAUGAGCUCCACUUUUGUCUUGUGAGCCUGCUGUGACUUCAGUCCAGAUGUUCCUGUGCCAAGAGAGAGAAACAAACAUUGCAGAAUCCAGAUUUAGUGAAAAGCAAAGAUACAGCCUCGGGCACGGCGUUGCAGGCGCCCUGGUUUGAAUACCCAGUUCUUCCGUGAGGGCUUCAAACUGCGGUUGGAUGGAAGCGAGUGCACAGAACUCUGUGGAGUUCCGUGUGUCACAGCCACGUUGGGAGAAAAUGAUCCACAGCCUGUUUCUCAUAAACUGCUCUGGGGAUAUAUUCUUGGAGAAGCACUGGAAGAGCGUUGUGAGCCAGUCUGUGUGUGAUUAUUUCUUUGAAGCUCAGGAGAAAGCAAUCGAUGUUGAGAAUGUGCCUCCUGUCAUCUCCACGCCACAUCACUACCUCAUCAGCAUCUACCGGGAUAAAAUCUUCUUUGUGUCUGUCAUACAGACAGAGGUGCCACCGCUCUUUGUCAUUGAGUUUCUGCACCGAGUAGCAGACACCUUCCAGGAUUACUUCGGCGAAUGUUCCGAGACUGCAAUUAAGGACAAUGUAGUUAUUGUGUAUGAACUGCUAGAAGAAAUGUUAGACAAUGGCUUUCCACUGGCAACAGAAUCCAACAUACUGAAGGAGCUGAUUAAGCCUCCCACGAUUCUGCGCUCUGUCGUCAACUCCAUCACAGGCAGCAGCAAUGUGGGUGACACACUUCCUACUGGCCAGUUGUCCAACAUUCCCUGGCGCAGAGCGGGGGUAAAAUACACCAACAACGAAGCCUAUUUUGAUGUGGUGGAAGAAAUUGAUGCAAUUAUAGACAAAUCAGGUUCCACAGUCUUUGCAGAAAUCCAAGGCGUUAUUGACUCCUGUAUUAAGCUCUCAGGAAUGCCAGAUCUUUCUCUGUCUUUUAUGAACCCGCGGCUGCUGGACGACGUCAGCUUCCACCCCUGCAUCCGCUUCAAGCGCUGGGAGGCCGAGCGAGUCCUUUCCUUCAUUCCCCCCGACGGCAACUUCAGGCUCAUCUCCUACCGCGUCAGCUCACAGAACUUGGUGGCGAUUCCUGUGUACGUGAAACACAUGAUCAGCUUUAAGGAAAACAGUUCUUCAGGAAGAUUUGAUGUUACCAUUGGACCAAAACAGAACAUGGGGAAAACAGUAGAAGGAGUUGUCAUGACAGUUCACAUGCCAAAGGCUGUGCUGAACAUGAACCUCACCGCUACCCAGGGCAGCUACACGUUUGACCCGGUUACAAAAGUUUUAACGUGGGACGUUGGCAAAAUUACCCCUCAAAAGCUACCAAACCUGAAGGGCAUCGUGAACCUGCAGUCUGGAGCCCCCAAGCCAGAGGAGAACCCGAGUUUAAACAUCCAGUUUAAGAUACAGCAGCUGGCAAUUUCAGGGCUGAAAGUGAAUCGCCUAGACAUGUAUGGAGAGAAGUACAAGCCUUUUAAAGGUGUCAAAUACGUUACAAAAGCAGGGAAAUUCCAAGUCAGGACAUGAGAAGAUGCUCCACUUCUACACCAGGAAAUUCCCCUUGAAAGGAACAAAACAAAAACUCCACAGCUUAGUGACUUAUGUUGCUAUUGAUUAGGUGCCAGUUAAUUAAUAGACACCGAUUAGUUUGGGAUCAUUUGUGCACAGCAGCUCUUCAGAUGAAAGCGUAGCUUAGUUUUUCUUAAUCUGGCUUUACAAACAAGGUACUUUUUUUGUACUACACCUUCACUGUUUUUGUACUGGAUCCUUGUGCCACUGGGUAGCUCGUUAUGGGGGAGCCACAAAACGUUGCCAACACUACACUGCCAGUCACAUACCAAAGCCCAGAGGCCGAGCACACGACGGAGCCCGGACAGCUCGCCACAACAGUCCUGAGGGGGCACAUUUUGCUGCUGCAGCCACCUGCAGAGAGAGCUCAGCUGUCCUCAGAGCCAGCCACAGCUGGCAGUGUCCCAGGAGCCUGCAGACAGCAGCAGGGAGAGGGGCAGGGGAACCCAGGGGCCUGGGACAUAGCAAAUGUCACUCCCAAGAGCGAGCUUCUGGUGAAGAAGGAAAAACAAACCCUUUCCUCAUUGUUUACAAGAAAUGGCCUUUCUUAAGAAGCAUUUGCCUUAAUCAGCUUUCAUUUGUGCCACCUGCAGAUGAGCUGGUAAACACAACACUCUGCAUUGAAUCUGGGAGGUGAUUGUUGCUUCAGGAAACCCACUUUCUUUCCAUUCAGUCUCAUCAUCGCCACCAUUCUUUGUAAGAACACGGUUGCAGAGAGUGAGACCUAUUUUUUAUGUGAAGCCUUUGCUUUGGUUUAGAUGUUCCACUUGUCCAAAGUGGAUGCCACCAGGUCUGUGCCACGUGGACACUGGAGCGUAGCUGUUUAGGUAGCACAAUAGAAGUGUCAAGUGUAUUUAAUGGUUGUGUGCUUUAAUGUUAUGAAAUAAAGGGAACUCUACUGCAAA